GAGGAAGAGGAGGAGGAAGAAGGACAGCUCUGCUCCCGUCUCAUUUCAAAGCUCCUGGAAGGAGAACCAGCUGGAUGUGAGCUCCUCUUCUUCUGGACUCUUUUUCGGUCGCAGCGGACUCGGACAUGUAGAUUUAACCGAGUUUCAUGGCGGACGAAGGAAAGAAAAAGAAAUAAAAAUCUCGUUGUUUUUUUUUUGUUUUUUUUGUCGUGGGAAUGUCGUUCAACUGAAACUUCAGGAAACACUCAAGGAUUCAUUUCGGUCCGAAUCGCUUUCCUCACAGCAGGAUGUGAAUUUGGGAACUUUUCACCACCGGGAGUUUAUCUGAAGCGCAUUUUCUGGGACAUCGUGAGGAAAAGGCGCCGUGUGGAUUCAGAGGACGGAGAGCUGCUUCAUGUCAUGAGAGGCUGAAAACUCAACAGGAGAUCGAGGUCAUCAGAGGUCGCUCACUUUGAUCAGUUUUCCCUCCAACCUCCUGCAGCCGCUGAGCUGAAGAUGACAGAAUCAGAACCGUGACGUUACAUCGGAUAACAUCCUCAUAUCUCCUGGCUCGACUCGUGGACUAAUCCGCCCUUCAGACUGAAGCUGUGAUUAGCCUGAAUUACGAGACACGAUGGAGCGGUGGUGGGCGUGGCGGCUCACCGUGGUCGCCAUGGUGACGGCUCACCUCGGCCCGUGCCGCGGCAGGGACCCGGAGUUUUCGUCCGCCACGCGGAUCAACAACGUGGUGGUGGACCCCGCCACGGGCCGGCUGUACGUCGGCGCGGUCAACCACCUCUACCAGCUGGACGCCGACCUGGAGAAGGAGUCCAGCUACGUAACGGGGCCCAAACUCGACAGCCGGCAGUGCACGCCACCGAUCAUCGACAAAUCCUGCGCGGACGCCCAGGACAUGCCCAACCACAACAAGCUGCUGCUGCUCCACCCGGCCAAGAACCAGCUGGUGGUGUGCGGCAGCCUGUUCAGGGGCCUCUGCUCGCUCAGGAGCCUGAACGACGUGAAGAACGAAGUCUACUUCAACGACAACAAGGGCGAGAAGUCGUACGUGGCGAGCGCCGACGAGAACGUCUCCGUCGUGGGAGUGAUGUCAUACUACAAGAAAGACAAAGAAAACCUCACGGUUUUCCUGGUUGCUAAAGGCCAGAGCGUCUUUGACACCAGCAUGAAGCUCAUCUCCACUCGCGUCCUGGAGGAAGUGGGCGACUGGGACGUGUUCGAGAACAUCAUCGAGACCGCGGCGGUCCAGUCCAAUCCCUUCAGCCCGAAGUACGCGCACGACUUCCGCUUCAGCUUCAAAAGCGACGGCUACGUCUACUUCCUGUUUUCCCGGAAGCUCAACUCGCAUUACCACAAGAAUUUCACGUUCAUCUCCCGGAUGUGUGAGGAGGAUCACAACUAUUACUCGUACACGGAGCUGCAGCUCAACUGCAGCGCCAACAAUGAGUUCAGCAAAGUUCUGGCAGCUUUUGUUGGACCAGCAGGCGAAGCCUUGGCUCAGAGUCUGAGCCGGUCCAGUCAGUACGGACCCAUCUCAGCUCAUGACAAAGUUCUGUUCGCCACCUUCAGCGAUGAGGGUGACAACUCAGCCAUGUGUAUGUACCCUUUAAAGUUCAUCAAAGAACAAAUUUAUAAAGUCAUAGACGCCUGUUACAACCAUGAGGGCCUCAUCAACAACCAGCUCGCGGUUUAUUCGCCUUAUUCUAAUUCUAAUUCCAAGCCUGAGGAGCUGUGCAGCGGAAAGAAAGGCUUGGAGAUAUGUGGAGCAGAGCAUCUGCCCUCACCGCUGGCCAGUACGGCUGAAUUCGCCUUAAUGGCUGAGCCGUCAUGGAAGCAUGAGGGUCACAUGACUGCUGUGGCUGUUGCCGUGGAGAUGGGCCAUGCUGUGGCGUUCCUGGGCGCCCCCGAUGGAGAGGUGCUGAAGCUGCAUCUGUCGGCUCAACCCGAGGUUUACGGCCAGCCGCUGAGCGGCGCCUCCAGGCACAAGGUCAACAAGAACCUGCUGUUCGACUCCAGCCUGCAGCACCUGUACAUCACCACGGAGACAAAGAUCACCAAGGUUCCGGUCCAGACCUGCCAUCUGAUGGCCGACUGCCACUCCUGUGUUCAGAUGAAGGAUCCGUUCUGUGGCUGGUGUGUCCUGGAGGGACGGUGCAGCAGGAAGCAGGACUGCAGCAGGUCAGCAGAGACGAACGCCUGGCUCUGGUCUCCCGACGGGAAGUGCGUUGAGAUCGCAGCCUUCGACCCGCCGAACAUCAGCUGCAAGAAGACGAAGCAGGUGGACAUCAGGAUCCCGUCUCUGCCCCGGCUGAGGGACAGCGACCAGCUGCACUGCGUCUUCAAUUCGUUAAAAUCCGACGCCGUGGCGCGUAAAGACAGUCCGACGGUGGUGGUCUGUUCGCUUCCCGACCCUGGAAAAGUCCCGCCCACUCCGGAGCAGCAGGACUUCGUGUCCGUCCCAGUGAAGGUUCUGCUGAACCAAACAGUUGAAGUAACGUCCGGAGAAUAUCACUUCUACAACUGUGCAGCUACCGUUUGGAAGAACCCCAACACACCGUGCAUUUCCUGUGUGACCAGUCAGUGGGGCUGCCAGUGGAACACCAGGGAUCACACCUGCAGUGAUAAAGACGAAACUCUGGAUGCUCACAUAGUCAAACCUUCACAGCCGGAAAAUUGUCCUCAGUUUGAGUCUCCGGAGCCGUUGCUGAUCCCUGUCGGCUACAAAAAGCCCAUCGUCUUCCAGGGAAGGAACCUGGACAUCUACGAGGGGACGAGCUUCACCAUCGGCACGGAGCUGAUGAAGGACACAGAAGAAAGCGUGAUGAAGGUUGAAAACUCAAAGUUCAGAUUCAACGGUUACCAGUUUGCUUACGACGAGCAGCAGGAGGUGAACAUUUCUUUCCAUAUCAAAGUCCAAGACAGGAACACUAAGAUUGACAGCACGCUGACAGUCACGCUGUAUAGCUGCUCAGUGGGAAGAGAGGACUGCAGUCUGUGUAAACACGCCGACAACAAGUACAACUGCGAGUGGUGCGAAGAAACCCCUCGCAAAAACAAUAAUGAACAAGACAUGAAGUGUCUAUACAAGGAGAUCUGCAAGUCACCAAAACUGGCUCAGUGUCCCGAACCAACUAUCACUGACAUCAUCCCUUGCUUUGGGCCGCUCAACGGCUCAAUCGCAGUGACCAUCAAAGGCUCCAACAUGGGAAUAAAGAAGGAAGACGUGAAAAAGAUCACCGUGGCCGGAGUGAACUGUAAACACCUGGAGGACAGAUACUCUGUCUCCACCAGUGUGGUGUGUGAGAUCGGACCCAAGCGAACACCGCCGUCUGACCUCCCGCCUGAGCUGACCGAAAGCGGACCGGUGACCAUCGAGGUGGAGGGAAACAGAAGCACAACCUCUAAAAUGAACUUCAUGUAUCGGGAUCCUGAACCAAAUCUCAUUGAUCCAAUGGAGGGUCCAGCAGCUGGAGGGACGAUCAUCACCAUCACCGGAAAAGAUCUGGACACGGCAACCAAAGACGACGUCGCCGUCUCCAUCGGAGGCAUCGCCUGUGAAGUCUUAUCGUUUGGGACGAACAUCACCUGUAAGACCGGCAGGUACAGUGCUGCUGCAGCUUUUCCGGUUUCCAUGACAGUGACGGUGAAGUACGGAGGAAACACAAUCAAAAACCUCCCCAAACCCUUCAAUUACACCGACAACCCAAAGGUCACCAACUGCACUCCCAACAGCAGCUUCGUUUGUGGAGGUCGAAGGAUCGUCGUGACGGGAGCUGGCUUCAAUCUGAUCCAAUCGGCCUCCAUGAAGGUUCUGCUCCACACCAACAACAACUCCGCCGAGGAGUUCAAGUCAAAGUGCAAACGUACGAACGACUCCUUCAUGGAGUGCCACUCGCCAAAAGUGAGCAGCCAUCUUGUCAAGAGCAGCCAUGUUGUCAAGGCUCAGCUGCACCUGGACAACGUGAAGAAAGACGUGACCUUGAAGUACUUCCCUGACCCGACCUUCGAAUUCCAGACCAUUAAAGACCUCACAGCAACCAGCCUCAUCAUCGUCACGGGGCAAGGUUUCUCCAAGGCCAUCACGAUCAGCGAGGCGAAGGCCUCCAUACAAGACGUACCAUGUAACAUCAAACUCCUGCAGGACGAUAAGUUGAUCCUGGAGGCUCCUUCUUCUCCGCCCAAACCCAAGUCCCAGAGCGCAGACGCGGCCGACGACAUGCUGGAUCUGGUGGUGCAGUUUGGUAACGGGAGGUGGACUGCAGGAAAAGUUCAGUUCACCAGGAUAGUAUACAUUCCUCUCGCUAUAAUCAUCCCCGCUGUGAUCGUCCCCAUGCUGGUUUUCAUCGCCAUUUCCAUCUACUGCUACAGGAGGAAGAGUCAGCAGGCAGAACGGGAAUACGAGAAGGUGAAGCAUCAGCUGGAGAAUCUGGAGGAAAGUGUUCGAGAUCGCUGCAAGAAAGAGUUCACAGACCUGAUGAUUGAAAUGGAGGACCACACCAGUGACCUCAGCGAAGGUCGAAUCCCUUUCCUGGACUACAAAACGUACACGGACCGAAACUUCUUCCUGCCGUCCAAAGAAGGCGAUAAUGACCCCAUGAUCACUGGAAAAAUACAAAUCCCAGAAUCCCGCAGGGCUACUGUGACUCAGGCACUCAAUCAGUUCUCCAACCUGCUGAACAGCAAACCUUUUCUCAUCAACUUUAUUCGCACAUUGGAGAGCCGUUCGGACUUUAACGCCCGGUCUCGGGGAAAUUUCGCCUCCCUCCUGACGGUGGCGCUGCACGGGAAGCUGGAGUAUUACACAGACAUUAUGAGGACGCUGCUGCUGGAGCUGAUGGAUGAACACGUUCAGAAUAAAAACCCCAAACUGAUGCUCAGGAGGUCAGAGACGGUGGUGGAGAGGAUGCUCUGCAACUGGAUGUCCAUCUGCCUCUAUCAGUUCCUCAGGGAUACGGCCGGGGAGCCGUUAUACAAACUGUACAAGGCCUUAAAGCACCAGGUGGAGAAAGGUCCGGUGGACGCCAGGCUGAAGAAAGCCAAAUACACGCUGAACGACACGGGGCUGCUGGGAGACGACGUGGAGUACGCCGCACUGACUCUGCAGGUGCUGGUUCACGGCGAGGGACCAGACGUGACGCCUGUCAAGGUGCUGAACUGCGACACCAUCACCCAGGUGAAGGAGAAGAUCAUUGACCAGGUGUACAGGAACCUGCCGUAUUCACAGAGACCAAAGGCAGAAGGCGUCGCUUUGGAGUGGCGCCCCGGCUCCACAGGUCAGAUCCUGUCCGACAUGGACCUGACUUCGCAGACAGAGGGGCGCUGGAAGCGGCUCAACACGCUGGCCCAUUACAACGUUCGGGACAACGCCACGUUGGUUCUGUCCAGAGUUUUGCACACGCAAUCGUUCCACCAGCACCAGGACAGCCACGAUGAGAAAAACGCGCUGCUGGAGGACGACAACACGUUCCACCUGGUGAGGCCGACGGACGAGAUCGACGAGGUGAAGUCGAAGCGAGGCAGCAUGAAGGACAAGGCCAUGACCAAAGCCAUCACAGAGAUCUACCUGACCCGGCUGCUGUCCGUCAAGGGAACCUUGCAGCAGUUUGUGGAUAAUUUCUUCCGCAGCGUCCUUUGCACCAGCUCUGCCGUCCCUCCGGCCGUCAAAUAUUUCUUUGACUUCUUGGACGAACAGGCGGAGAGACACGACAACGUGGACGAGGAGACGCUGCACAUCUGGAAGACCAACAGCCUGCCGAUGCGGUUCUGGGUCAACAUCCUGAGGAACCCGCAGUUCAUCUUGGACGUUCACGUGACGGAGGUGGUGGACGCGUCGCUGCACGUCAUCGGCCAGACCUUCAUGGACGCCUGCAGCAAGACGGAGCACAAGCUCAGCAGAGAGUCUCCUAGCAACAAGCUGCUCUACGCAAAAGAGAUUUCCACCUAUAAGAAGAUGGUUGACGAUUACUACAGAGGCAUCAGGCAGAUGGUUCCGGUCAGCGACCAGGACAUGAACACACACCUGGCCGAGGUGUCCCGGCAACACACAGACAAGCUGAACACCCAGGUGGCCUUGCACCAGCUCUACCAGUACGCCAGCAAGUACUUCGAUCUGAUCAUCCAGUCUCUGGACGAGGACCCGGCCGCCCAGAACAGGCAGCUGACGCUCCGCCUGCAGCAGGUCGCCGCCGCCCUGGAGAACAAAGUCACUGACCUCUGACCUCACUGAGGGGGCGGGGCUUCUUUUUCUAUUGUGAGCGCACAGACUCAUCUGAAUGUCUGGAGAGUAGCUAGCAGAGCCAGAAGAGACGAAUUUCCACUCAGCGCCAAAAAGCAAACAAGCAAAAAGAAAACAUCUUUUUGAAAUUCACCAAAAGUUGAAGAAAAUCCAAGUGAAGUGACAGAAUGUUUUGCUUUUUGGACGUUUUGAUCGGACCUUCAGCUGCUCCAGGAUGGUUUUCCAGCUCUUUUUGUACUGGACGGUACGGAGGGUCCAAAUGUUUGAAACAUCAGCGACUUUCUUUAGUUUUAGUUUUAUGUUUUCUGUUUGUAUCCUGAGUUUCUGCUUCUGGGUCGCCAGAAACCAACAGCUGCAUUUCUUUCACGUUCAGGAAGUUAGUAAAAAAAAAAAUCUUUUAAAGACCAAAGUCCAGAGAAUCUGAAAAGUAAAAUAAGUUGCGUAUUAUAUCAUUUAAAAAUCAUACAACAUAGACAAAUUUAGCUGGUUUAGAGAUAAACUAGAUUCACAUUUGUGAAGAAAAUGUUUAAAAAAUGUUAUACUUCAGUUGUAGUAGCGCUUUUCCACCACUGGGAGUGCUGUUCACAACUUAUUGUUUCCUUCUGAAUAAUUGCACAACCAACUUAAAAAGGUACCGAUUAGUUUGUUUAAUCAGAUGAAUCUUGACUUUCCUAAUCAUUAUCUUCAAUUUAUUUAUUAAUUCAUUCGUUUAUAGUUCAUUUUUAUGGUUCCGCAUAAAAUAAUUUAUAUAUUUUGCGCUAAAAAUCUCAAAUACUGAGAGCUAGUUUGUGGAAAAGUUGGUCGAUUUCAGUCAUUUUCAGUAAAUUCAUAAACAGAAAAUGAAAGAUGACAGUGGUUGGUUUAAGCCCCGCCCCGAAACGCCCAGCCUGCUCUGAUUGGACAGCAGCAGUGGUCUGACCAGGCUCCGCCCACUGGACCCGGCUAUUAUAUUAAUCAUGAAACCUGCUUUCAUUUCAGCUCAAAUUGAGGAGAUAUAAAUGAAAAAAACGCAAAAUUUUGAGUCGAACUUGUCACACACAUCAUGACAUAAACUCAAAAAUGUUUUUUAUAUUAAACAUCGUAUCAAAUCUGUAAACCAUCACAGCUUUUCUCAAACUUUCACUGAAGCCACUUUGGUGCCAAAUGUUCUGAAUCUAGGAUGUGUUUGAGUCUAAUAGGAUUUUCGGUACUUUUACAAUUAAAAAAAUGUGAAACUUUAGCGGCCGUGUCGUUGACGAAACGUCUGGACGAACUCUUGCUUUUGUGUUUUCAUGUUUGAAACAUUUUGCAGCCUCGUGGAUGAACAAUAUGUCCGCCUCUGCCGACGCUUGCUUCUGUCUGCCUUCUCUUUGCCACCAGCGAGUGCCUUAAAGAGUUGAAGUGGAACUGAAAGGAACAAACCGACCAGAACCGGAUCACAGAACUGAAUGUUUCAGCUGUUUGUUUAAGUCAAGUCUUGGCACUAACUGAACAGCAGAGGGCGCUAAACAAGAAAAACAUUGAAACAAAAAGUUUUAUGCUAGCAGUUGUUUUUUCUGACAGAAAUGUUAGGAUUGGAUCAAAAAACCAAUAAAAUUAAAUGUUGGAUGUUUAGAAGAACCACAUAAAUGGAUCCAGAACUACUUCUGUAGAUUCUGAUUUGUGUCCAGAAAAACAAAAUUUGGACAAAACAAGUUAUUGUCUUAUUUCUCAGAAACAUGUUUAUAAUCUGACUGGAGGCCUUUUUUCAGAUUUCUAAACAGCGAUCCCGGUACUUGUCCGACCCGAUCCAUCGGUUUUCACCACUUCCUCUCAGAGGGUUUUUAGUUUCUAGGUGACAGAAAUUGUGAAACUGUCCCUUUAAAUUCUUGUCCUGACCCAAUUAUGAUCAACUCCAGUUUGUUUCAGGCAGAAACAGAAACUCAAAUGUGAACUUUGCUGCCAAAUGUUCUGAUCGUCUGGGUUCUGUCUGUGUUAGAAUAUGUUGAAGAACAUUAAGGCUCACGUGAAUAAGUCCGAAUGUUUCUUCGUCCCGAAGCCUGAUCCAUUAACGGACUUUAAAGCCUACGUUGCCGUUGGUUACGGUUGUGAAGGACAGCAGGAAUGGUUUGGAUGGGCCAAGCUUUAGACUUUGGAAUGGACUCGAAUGGGACUAGAUGUUACCAGAACGGGUCUGAACUGAACUGAAGCCCAAAUCUGUUACUCUUCUGUUCAAGUGGGGAAAAAAAUCCAGAUCUAGGAAGUCCAAAUAUCCAAUAAAAUAUGUUUAUACAAAUGAAA